GUGACAGGCAAUCAGCCGCUGGCUCCCCGAGCGGAGACUGAGAGUGUGUGUCUGUGUGUAUUUGUGGUAUUCCUUGUAUGGAAACUAGUCCGGGAUCGAAGGGGAGCGAAGGGGAUUGAUGAGACUGGUUUCACAGGGCAAUUGGAGGAGGGGACUGAGAGUCCAGGACAGUGACGAUCACCAGCAGUUUGCACAGCCCCAGGAUAUAUCCCAAACCAAGAAAAAAAACAAAACAAAAACAAAACUAAGCUGUUUGGAGAUGGAACCCGGGCUGAUGGCGGCUCUUCAGAUCAGCCGCUAAAUGUUAUAGUUUGGGAUUAUUAGAAUUUGUUGCUGUUGUGAACCUAUUCUUGGAAUCUCAUCUUCCUGACAUUAACUUGGGACAGACAGAUUUAUUUUUAUUCUGCAUUUAUUUAUUUAUUUUCCCUCCCACUUUGUUUUAAAAUACAUUCACGGUGGAAGAUGGCUGCUUGCAGGAGCUCACUCUGUCUAAUAGCAGUUAUACAGUUGUGCCUGAUGCUAUCUUGUACAUCGCAAGAAAGCUUUCCUCAAGCUAACGAUAUACGGUCAUGGGCGGAGAAAAUGAAGGAUGACCUCGUGAAGUUGGUGCGCUCUUCGAGUGGAGUGGAUCAGAUGGAACAGAUUUACUUGAAAAACAGACAAUACUACACAGUUGAAACAAACAAUGCUCGGCGUUUGGUAGAAAGUGCAGCGAGAGAAAUUGAAAAACUUUUAAGUAACAAAGUGGAAGCCCUGAAAAGACUUGCCAAAGCUGCAGAGGAAUAUCAGGAGAAACAUGUUUGGAGAGAAGAAUUUGGGGAUAAUGAUGUGAUAUACUACAAUGCAAAGGAUGACCUCAUGAAUGUUUUAAAGCAAGACGAAGGAGUCACAAGGUUCCAGUCUGACAGAAAUGAAAGCCGCCCAAGGAUCAAACCGGAUUUUCAGUUCAACCAAGCCUUCCGACGCCGUGUGGACUUCAACCACACAGCUGUCCACAUCCCCACUGACAUCUAUGAGGGCUCAACGAUUGUUCUAAAUGAGCUGAACUGGACUUCAGCGCUGGAUCACGUUUUCAAGAAAAACAAAGAUAAAGACCCAACAUUAAUGUGGCAGGUGUUUGGAAGUGCAACUGGCCUGGCUAGAUAUUAUCCAGCAUCUCCAUGGGUUGAUCUAACAAAGACUGCCAACAGGAUCGACUUGUAUGAUGUUCGGAGAAGACCAUGGUACAUUCAGGGAGCUGCUUCACCCAAGGACAUGCUCAUUCUUGUAGACGUGAGCGGAAGUGUUAGUGGGCUAACGUUGAAACUAAUUCGGACAUCAGUCUCUGAGAUGUUGGAAACACUGUCUGAUGAUGACUACGUGAAUGUGGUUUCUUUUAACAAUCAAGCAAAACCUGUCAGCUGCUUCAGACACCUUGUACAAGCAAAUGUCCGGAAUAAGAAGGUUCUCAAAGAUGAAGUUAACCAAAUACAGGCAAAAGGGAUCACUGACUAUAAGAAAGGGUUUACAUUUGCUUUUGAACAGUUGCUAAAUUUCAAUGUUUCCAGAGCUAAUUGCAACAAGAUCAUCAUGCUAUUUACAGAUGGUGGAGAAGAAAGAGCCCAGGAUAUCUUCACAACAUACAACCACGAUAAAAAAGUGCGAGUGUUCACCUUUUCAGUUGGUCAACAUAACUAUGAUAAAGGACCAUUACAAUGGAUGGCCUGCACCAAUAAAGGCUACUUUUUUGAAAUUCCUUCCAUCGGAGCAAUACGUAUCAACACACAGGAAUACUUGGAUGUGCUUGGAAGACCAAUGGUUUUAGCUGGCACAAAGGAAAAACAAGUUCAGUGGACCAACGUGUACCUGGAUGCAUUGAAUCCCAAAUCUCAGGAGCCCGUCACUUUAGAUUUUCUAGAUGCUGAACUGGAGAAUGAAAUGAAAGUGGAGAUUCGGCACAGCAUGAUAGAAGGACAAAAUGGUGAGAAGACUCUCGACACUCUAAUCAAAUCCUACGAUGAGCGGUAUAUUGACAGAGGGACUCGAACAUAUACAUGGACUCUCGUGAAUAGCACAGAUUACAGUUUGGCCCUGGUUCUCCCGCCAUACAGUUCCCACUACAUCAAAGCCAAACUGGAUGAGGUUAUCACCCAGGCGCGGCACUUAGAAUCAAUACUGCCCGAUAACUUCGACACAACAGGAUAUGUAUUUCUCGCCCCAAGGGAAUACUGCAAUGGACUGACUCCUUCAAGCAACAAUACAUCAUUCCUUGAGAACUUUAUUAAUAUUAUUGACCGGCAAACUCCAAAUUCUCCGGAAUGCAAAACUGAUCUGAUCAAUAACUUGUUACUUGAUGCUGGAUUUACAAGUGAACUUGUAACAAACUAUUGGACAAAACAAAAUCCGGCUGGAGUUCUUGCAAGAUUUGUAGCAACUGAUGGAGGAAUUACAAGGAUUUACCCCAAAAGUGCUGCAGAAGAAUGGACAGAAAACCCAGAGACAUAUGAAGCAAGUUACUACAAAAGGAGCCUAAACAACAAUCUGUACAUCUUCACCGCACCUUAUAUCAACAAAACUUGGGAUGGAAUACAGAGCAGUGCAGAGUCUGGCAUUAUGGUGAGCAAAGCUGUCGAAAUUAAAAUUGAUGGCAAACUUUUGAAACCUGCAGUUGUUGGAAUAAAGCUUGAUGUAAAUGCCUGGAUGGAGAACUUCACCAAAGUAGCGAGUAAGAGUAAGUGUUAUGGUGAAAUCUGUGACUGCACAAAGAAUAGCAAGCAUUUUGACUGUGUUAUAUUGGAUGAUGGUGGGUUCCUGCUUAUGUCAAACCAGGAUGAAUAUAUUGGAAAGAUUGGCAAGUUCUUCGGUGAGAUUGAUCCAAGCCUGAUGAGACGCCUUCUGAAUACAUCGCUGUAUGCCUUUAACAAGUCCUAUGAUUUUCAGUCUGUGUGUGAUCCAGAAACAGAGACAAAAGCAGCAGCUGGGCUUCGCUCAGUCUUUGUUCCCAGCAUAGUCGAUAUUUUGAAUAUAGGUUGGUGGGCAUCAAGUGCGGCAUGGUCCAUACUGCAGCAGCUGUUCCUCAGCCUUACCUUCCCACACUUUCUUGAAGCAGUAGAUGCAGAUGCUGAAGAUUUUUCUGAACCGUUAUCAAAAUCCAGUUGUAUCACUGAACAGACGCAGUAUUACUUUUAUGAUAAUGAAUCAUCCUUCUACGGGCUUGUGGAUUGUGGUAACUGCUCGAGGCUUUACCAUGCGGAGAAGCUCUCCAAGACAAACCUGGUGUUUAUACUGGUGGAGAGUAAGCCCACAUGUCAGUCAUGUGACUCAAAGCCUCUAAUGCAAGCAGAACAAAAAUCUGAUGGACCUGAUCCCUGUCUUUUGGCUCAGAACCCCAGGCACAGAAAAGGUCCUGAUGUAUGCUUUGAUUCUGAUGAGCGUGAGGAUGAUUCCGAAUGCGGCAGUGGCUCUCGUCUGAGCCCAUCCUUAUGGUCAAUGAUAGGGAUUCAGCUAGUUCUGCUCUGGCUACUAAGUAGUGCCAGACAUUAUCCAUCAUGACUGCAGAGAACAGACAGCCAUCUCCGCUUUCUAGACCCACCAUACUGUAGCCCUGGCUUAAACUAGGGAAUUUUUCUCCCCAGGCAGUAGAAGACUGACCAUUUCCAUAUCCUGGUGUAUCACUGUGUCAAAGAUUCAUUGUUGACUCUCCAUACGAAGAAUGGUCAAGGUGCUCCAUUGACAAGUUUUUUUUUAAAUGGAAAAUGUUAAGUCAUACAAUGGUAGCAAACUGGAUUGUCAGUACCGAAACCUGCCAGGCAACUAUGGGAAUGCUGAUACAUUUAUACAAUGAAACAAUUCAUAAAAAAAAUCUAGAUUUAUUUAUCAUUAGGUUCAUAUUUUGUUAAGCUUACUUUGAUCAAGAUAAAAGGUUAUUCUUUAUUUAUGGCUUACAUUGGCUGACUAGCUAAUUUUAAAACAACUUACACGGGCUAGUGACAUACAGGCACAAUCAGCUGUCCUAUUGGUAUAAGGCCAGAAAGCUUAAACAUGACCAUGUUGGGUACCAACUAGUAAUUGCAAUCUUUUUAAGGUUUUGAUACACCAAAGUCCACUGAUUAUUCUGUGGCUGUGCAAUUAUUGUUAGCUAUUCUGUUACCAAAGGAUGCCUGUAACCCUCUCGUUCCCCCUCAUUAAGCCAUAUCUCUAUGCCUGAUGCCCUUCAUGUUUGCUGAAGCAAAUGCAUAAUGAUUGUUGUAUCCCACACAAGGAAUAGUGCUAAGGCUUGUGAAUGAAAAAGCUGUUGUUGUGGCGACUGAGUUUUGGACACUGAUGCUUUUUUUUUGCAUGAAGAUGCUGCUACUAUUUUCUCAUUCAGUUUUACUGUAGGAGUGUUGUUAAUGUGCAAGAGCAACUGAGUGAACCAAAUGUUGUUGAUGUGAAAUUUAGAUAAUAUGAUGUAAUAUAACUGUUUCACUUAUAACAACUAAAUGUUGUCAAACAUACCUCUUUCAAAGUGCAGUGAGCAGGCUGAAAAGAUGGGAAUUUUACACAUAGGCGAUUUCAAGAUUUAGAUUUUGUUUUCAAUAGUUGGGAUCAAGCCAAGGGCCCCCAUUACUACUGUAUCACAAUCUACUGCUGUGCAAUUUCUGUAAUAUAAGAAUAAUAGGACUUGUAUAUGGCAUUUUGUUGAAUUACAAGAAAAUUCCCAAAGUGUUUGAAAGGCAGCAAAAUAAUUUGAAUUCAAGCUGAAAUUUAGUAGAUAAUUGAUUCUAUGGGAAAAUUAUAUAACAUGAUCCCUGAUAAUUAAAUAUAGGGAAUUAAAUUUUACAUUACAAUAAAGUAGGAAUUUUAUUUAUUAAAAAUUGUGAUGUGAUACCAGGCAAUCCAAAACAUUAUAUGCCAACAAAAUAGAAAAAGUGUGCAUUUUAGUUGAACAGUGUUUUGAGGUCAUACACAACAACUUUCACUUCAUUUAUCUUUCAGCCUGUCUUAGUGCACAAUAUUUAUUGAUUAUACAGUCAUCUUUUUGUUUAACUUUAAGAGAAUCAUUCUCUGGUCUCCAGUCAAAAAUGGAUGUAACUGAAAUGUAUUUAAAUUGAAGUGCAUGCUUUAUCAAUAUCGGCCAUCUGGGGGUAAAGAGAGGGGACGUUUUCCUAAAAAACACAGUUAAAAUUACUAAAGAAGUUAAACUGCAUCAGUAAAAGAGAUGAAGAUGGCAAUAGGUCAUUAAAUGCUAUGGUUAUCUCAGCCAUCUACUUUCAUUCAAAAAGAGAAAUACACCAGUAAGUUUGCAUGAUCAGUUCAGUAUUUUGACAAAUAUAAGCAAUGAGAUGUUAAAUAUGUGGAAACAGUAUUUAGAAUGUUUUGGACAAGUUAAGGAGGGUUUUAUUGUGUGACUGAUAUCUUUUUGAGUGAGGAUUUCAGUUGAGAGUCUGUCAGUUGUAGUCCCAAAUUCAGUGGAUUCUACAGCUUUUGUAUCAGUGACCCUUUUGCUGGCAGGAUUUUAGUUGUUGGCUUUUAUUGAUGCAGUAUCAGAUUAACAAGCAAUUUCAUCCACCUUUGGGGCCCAGGCCAGGAACUUUGUCCAUUGCAUUAUUGAAUAGGAAGUGCCCUGUGCUGUGACCUGGAGAUUUGCCAUUACAACAGCAGACAUUUGAUUUGUGGGUUUGCCAAAGUGAUGCUGUGGCAUGUGACCAAUGCAUUGUCUCACAAUCAUUUUGUCCUUGUGAGAAGCGAGUCCACAUUCAAGAACCUUUCAGAAAUUGAAACACUUGGAGAAUUAUUCCCCCUUUGAUAGUAUAUAAAACAAUGCAAGUUCAUCAGUGGACUAUAGAUGCUAUUCUACUUGUAACUUCACCAAGUCAUCCCAAAGGGCAAACCACUUGUACAUUAAUGAACUAUCUCAUGCCUGACCAGGCAGUAUUAUCCUCAGUUCACAGAUCUAAUGAGUGCUUUUGCUGAAAAUAUAACACUGAUGCAGAACCCACCAGCAAACCACCAGUAUAUCACAAACAGCAAGUACAAACAACAAAUAAAAAUAUCCCCACUUUAUUAUUUAUUACUCCUCUUUACUCCUUCUAACAUUUAUAAUUCCCCGAUAGAUAACUCAGGCAGUUCCUUCUCUCUGAGGAUACCACUUUGUAACAGCCAUCAACACGUAAGCGUUCUGGGUUAAUUCCCCCUCCCAUUUUCUUCCUGCCACAAUGAAGUUGAUGCUGUUCUUAAGUGUGUACGGUUCAGUGCAAAUAUUCCUUCUGAAAUAAUUGGAAUUAAUGAAAGACCAUAGGUAGCAUGCUCCGAUUUAAGUGCUAUCCUGGUACAGUUGACUGUCUGUGUAAAGCGGCCAACUUGCUGGCAACUUGGGCUUGCAGAUGAACUAUAAAGAGAGAGCUGUGGGAGAAACUAUGGUGUAGCAUUAACUUUAUUGCAUCUAGCUAUGAAUACUUAUGAAUAAUAUUUUAUGUAGAAAAUCAUUUUUAGCAAGGAGCUUGCAUCCUGUUUUUUAAUCUUGGUGUCACAAUUCAGAGAUGAUGUCAUAAAUAUUUUGAUUUAAAAAAUAAUGCGGUUUUCUCUUUUUUUUCCAAGUUACCAUAUUAAGUUUGGUUUGUACAUAAAUAUGAGGAAGCUCUACUGAAAAUCUUACAAUCUAUGGAGAAAUAUUCAAAUUUCUAUGAUUCUUUUUCUAUUGAAUAAUGUGCAUUCUGUGACUGGAAAUCAUGUAUAUCAUACUGCGCUGAAAACUGAGCCAGUUUGAUUUUAAGGUUCUGAGAAACCACUCCUACUCAUAAAUUUGAAGAAUUGAACUGAGUACAUUUUUGCAAAAAGUAUUUUCCCACCAUGCAGUCGGACCAUCUUCUGCUCAUUAAUACUUAUUCAUAUGUUUAUUGCCAAAUGGAAGUUCACAAAGAUAAAGGAAAUGGUUAAUAAUGUUAUUGCCAACCUUAAGUCAUAUGGAUUUUCUUAAGGAGUUGACUACUUUGGGAUUAGCAUUUACUUAUCACUUUCAAGAAACCUAAUUGGUAUACUCUGCUAAAUUUCAAAAAAGAGUGGAAAAUAUAAAACUAGGCUGCUUCCAGCCCUCCCUCACUCACAAUUUGUCAAUUGUAUAGAAUUUUGUUAUUACAUUUGGCCUGAUUAUAGUUACUAUAAUGAAAUAUUUGAUUGUAGAUGCCUUUGCAGAAAAUAAUGAGUGGUUUGAUUUUUGCUUUUAUCAUAUUACUUGUUUUGAAAUAGAUUUGAUGAAAUGGAUUGAUAGAUAUACUUUCUAUCAGUCCUUGAUGGCUAUAAUCUAGACAGUUAAUUGAAUCCAGCCAAAAUCCUGAUGUUAAGAAACUGAAUUGCUAUGUGCUAAAGAUAUUGCUUCACAGCCAUUGUAAUAGUUAUGCUGAUACUGUAAUCCUCUGAACUCCAAUCAGAAUGAAUGUACAGAUCAUUACAGAUAUUGGAUAGUCAACCUGUGAAGACAAAAGGAUUGCUCAAUACAAAUGUGCAGCACUUAAAUGGGUUGGAUGCAAUAAUUCUGAUCGGUUGUGAAUGGUUCAAAUUCAGUAAAAUAAUUAUUUUCCUUUUCACAGAAUAGUACUGAGAACAUACAUUUAUCAUCGUGAGUUUUUGUUUUCCUUUUCAUUAUCAAGAUGAUAGGUGUUUUCCUGAUGUCUUUAUUCUGCUUUCCUGUUCGAGGAAACAUAUUAACAUCAGUCGAAUUUUUAGUGAUGGAAUCAGCUAACGAGCGGCAACCUAUCAGCGUAACAAUUUCUCUGGCAUUGGGACAACAUUUGAGUCCCAGUCCUGAUGAUAUCCAAGUCCCAUAUGACUGUGUGAAGUUUGUCUGGGGAUCCUUGAACAAUCAGGGUUGGCAGGUGUGUUCUGUGGGUGGGAGAGCCAGUCAGAGUGUCUCCAGUUAUGGAUGGUAGUCAGUUUCACUGGGAGAAGUGGGUGCUACCACUUUAGGUAGAACACUGCAACCACCCUCUGGAAACUUCAAACAAUAGUUACAAUCUGCUUGGCCACAGCUGUCAAGCCAUCUCCAUGCAGCAGGAAUUGUAAAUAUUGAGAGCUUUUAGUUCUGGAGUGGAGGGAGUUAGGGAAUUAAAUGAGAUUUGACUGGCCUCUUGGAUUGGCAUUUCCAACUCUCUCUUGGGGUUCAGUGUCAGUGGAAUGGUCGGGGGCCAGGAUGAGCUAGGGAUGGGAGCAGGUGCUGUCCAUGCUUGAAAGAUCCUAGUGGUGUUACCAAUCUUCUCUGCCUGGGCAUUUUAAUUGCCAUUUAUUUGCUACUAUUGCGAUUGUCAGUGCUAAUCCGACACUGCCUUCUCUAUGAUCACUUGGGAGAUGGGAAAUUUCAAACAUUGUCUCUUAUCCUGCCUCUUCCAAGCCACCUCCAUGUGUCUAAUAUGAUUACACCCACUAUCUUCACCUACACUGUCAUCAAGGUGAAAUAAAACUCACUAAAUAAUUGAACAGUGUACACCGUUCCCCUUGUUCCUCCAAGUGCUAGUGACUUUUCCAACAUUACAAUUUUUCAAUGCAACAUUCAAUUCUUUCCAAACCUCAGAAGCUUGAAGAUGUGCUAUUGGGACACCUGCACACAACUGAACCUUCAAUUAAGUUGUAACUGAUGCAAUGCUAAGAUAACAUAAGGCAGUCCCUUUGAAAUGGUCCCGCACCUGAUGGCAAACAAUAAAUAUAAAAUAAAAGACCUGGUGCUCCUCUGGAAAUGUCUAGUUUAAUAUGAAAAUAAACCAAUGUGUUUGUGUAUAGGAUGUCUCUGAGGAGAAUAAAGAAGUUGUUUAUUGCUGAGUGUUGCCUCCUUUAAGAAUCCUAUCAUGAUGCUUAAUCUUUGUUCUUUGGAUUCAUUCAGCUAAUCAUAAAUGUUUCAUUUUAAAGCUUACACAUAGUCGUAGAGUCAUACAGCAUGGAAACAGACCCUUCAGUCCAACCUGUCUAAGCCAAACAUAAUCCCAAACUAAACUAGUCCCAUCUGCCUGCUCCUGGCCCGAACCUUUCCUAUUAAUUACUUACCUAAGUGUUUUUUAAACAUGAUAACUGUGCCCACAUCCACCACUUUCUUGGGAAGUUCGUUCCAUGGUGGAUAUCUUGAUCUAAAUAAAUUUGAAACUGUACAUUUUUUAGUGUGUUUUAUAUACAUGUCUCAGUAUGUCAUGACGCUGCACCAAUUUAGUUAUGUAGGAGAUCAAUGAUUCUUCCAAGUAAAUUCCGAACAUUUUCCUGAAUAGGAGCAAAGUGAGCCAGUUAGUCUUCAUAUAUUACAGAUUGAUCAAUCUUACCAAAUCAUGAAUAUUUACCUCAAUUUAACUUCAAUAUAUCAACAAUAUACUGAAGUGUUGGAUUUUUUUACAAUUGUAAAGCGAAUAAUGAAGCACCCAAUUACAGCACCUACUCCCACCCCUGGUUCAUUCUGUUCAUUGUGCAGGUUAGGAAUUUCAGACUUUGAAAGUGCAAAUUGGUUUUGAUUUUUAGAUCAUACAGUUUAGAUUAUGACCCUUCCACUCUGCUAAAGAUAAAAAUGUUUGCUUUUCCUGGUAAUAAUUUUCCAUUUAGCUUCUAAUAUUUUUGUUUUGUCUUUUCUUUUGAAUCCACAUUUAUCAGUGUCCUUAAAUGUUGAUAUGUUCAGUUGUACUGAACAUUUCCUUUCAUCUGUGAAAUUUCAUUAGAUGGAUGACACCAGAAAUAACAAGAAUUUAUAUUAUGAUUGAUUUUCCGGCAAUGAAAAGGGUCCCUUUAAGGUGCCACGCUCCUCAUACUUACAGCAACCUAUUGCAGGAACACACUUGAGGAAAUACCAAGUGCUGCUUUUACUUUUAAAUUGGCUUUGGCUUAAAGUUUAGUUUCAGAAUCGAAUUUAAUUGCAGCUGCAGCCAAAUUUGACCUCGAGUUACCUAGUAGUUUUUAGGUACUUCUUUCAUUCUGCUAAAAAUAAUUAAAGGAUUAAUGCUGCUUCAGGUUCUUCUACUGUAACGUGAAAUGCUUAGUAACUAACCCUUUGAGAUAAAGUGUUCAUCCAAUUACCAAUUCAUUUUUCACAUUUAUUUUAAUCAGGUAGGCUAAAUACCUUGUCAAAGAUUUAAACUGACUCUCACACACAUGAGAAGGCUCUUCAAGUUGCUUUGUUUCAAUGGCUAAUCAACAUUUUUGUAAAGAAAUAUUUCUUACCAUCUGAAAUUUUAGAACACGAAUCUUGUUCUACUGCCGUAGCAUGUCUAUGAACUUAAAGGAAAAAGCCAAUAGGAGAAACCAGAUGUUGUUCAAGGCUGGAUAAUUCAAUUUUAGCUGAGCAACAUGAUCCUCCAAGUUCUCACCUCCUGGAGGCAAGUAUUCACCUAGGAAAGACAACUUUAAAAAAAAAUCCUAGAUCAAAUUAAAGGGGUUGGGGGGAAUGUAGUCAGACCGAGUUGCAGGAGGCCAUGCUGUUGCUGGGAAACAUCGUGAAAAUCUCACUAACCUUUACUAUGCUUGGAUAUCCACUACAGUCACAACGUCUGGGUCUCUUUUGAACACUUGCAGUGAAUCGAUAUUCAUUGCAUUAUUAGUAAUCCGUUUCAAAGUGUGAUUCCCAAGCAUUCCAACAUUCUUUGCUUAGAUAAAUAUUGCACAUCUCCUGGUUCUCCAUAGCUGUAAAAUGCAUAUAUUCUAUUCUUGUGGAUACAUCCUCAACCCUUCUUUAUUUUAAAUAUCUCAAUCAAAUCUCUCUGAAGUCCUAGUCUUUUUUUUUAAGUAUAAGAAGUGCCAGUUCUCUAACCUUAUCAUGCUAAGUAUGGGUUUAUAAGCUAGGUUUCAAGCCAAUGGCUCUUUUCUGAUCUUUUAUCAGCACUUCCAUAUCAUCCACCAAAUAAGAAAUCUAAAACUGAACACAGUAUUCUGAUUGAGGCCAAAACAAGAUCUUGUGAGAUGAUGUUAAUGCUUUUAGUUUCUACUGAAUUGAUCCAUAAUCCCACAAAUCUUUAUCCUAUAGGGCAGUCUUUUGUCUAGCACCUUGUUAAAACACUUUUGUUUGAAUACCAAACAAUUUCAAUGUCCAGCAGCCUACCAUCUUCCUCAGGAAAUUGAACCAGGUUAAUGAGAUAUGACUUCCUUUGCCUGACGUAAAAUUGAGAAUAUCUACCAACCCUUGUUCUGUUCAUGUGAUCAUACAGCAUCUUGUUAAUUUUUCCUUUUAAAAAUUAAUCUGUAACUUUGUGAGUUGUUGUGUUUUUUUUUAAUAUUGGCACAACAUGAGCCAGCCUUGAAUCCACAGGCACAAAAACCCUAACUCUUGUGUCGAAACAUUGCAUACACAAGUGACACAUUUAAUACCACAUAAAGUAUUGUAAAGAUUUCCAUUAUCUAUCCUAAGUAUAUAAAAUACUGGAACUUCUCCUCUGAAUUUUCUUUGUUCAAAGUUGAAAAAUCCAAUUUAAAAAGUUGUUCUAUUUAGCCUUUAGAAUUGGGAAUCAACCUUGUUGGCAAAGUCAGCAUUAUCUCAAGGGAUUGGAUGAUCCUCCUGUACCUUGUCAAACAGACUGGACUAUACUCUCAAGCAAUGCCUGAAUUUAUAACUCUACAACUAUAGCAUGAAUUCUAGAGAUUUGAACUGACAAUAAAACCUAAAUAUUUUUGAUUCCAAACUCAAUGUAUGAAUUAAUAUUGCAUAAAGCCUGAAAAAAGUGUUUAUUUCACUAAGUACAAAAAUCGAACUGUGAAUAGGAAAUUAAAUCGACAGUGAUUAUUUUACUGAUUAUUCAUUCAAAAGAUGAGAUUUAUGACUCUUUGGGAGAGGGGCGGGGGAGAAAUUAACAAAAUUGUUGCGUCCAUAACAGUACUAGUUAGUGGACAGUUUGAUUUAAAUACUUUCAAUGAAGCAGCUUUAGUUAUGAUCAAGCUGUGAAUGUUCAAAGUCUCCGUUACGCAUUGAAUUUGAUGCUGGUUUAUUUUUAAAGCUUAAGCUGGUAGAUAAAUUGGUGAAGAGCAUUGCUGUCAAUCGUGUGUGUUUGUAUGGGGUUUAUAUAGCUUUUUUCAAAAUCAUCUAGCCCUGUAGCCUUACUGGGUUGCAAGUUGCAAAGCUGUUUUACAAUGUGAAUGAAGGGAAUUGUGCUGUUGUUGACCAUAGUACAAGUGUCCAGAUCCUGCUUUAAUGGAUUGUUUUCUUAAUGGUCGCAGAUGGUUCAAUGUGUGUUCUUGCAGAAGGUUCUCGCUGCUCUUUGCAGACUGAGACCCUCUCCCUUUCUCGUGCUUUCUGAACGUUUUGUGGAACUUGACAAGCCUGAAAGAAAUUUUGUAUAAAUUUGUACAAUACUGUUAAAAUAAAGUUUAUAAUCUUA